CGCCCUCCCUCUUCUCCUCGCGGAAGACGCGAAGCCUGCGCCCGUGUGGCAGUAAUUACGGGCGUUGGGCGACUGCGAAGACGAUCGAGGCGCUGACCUGAUCACACUAUCCGCGUCUUCGAUGAUGAAGACAAGCAAUCUGACUUCACCAUGCGACGUGCAAUAUCUGCGGCUCGACGGCCACUUCAACAAACUGUGCCUGAAUUCUUCUGGGGCCAAGCAUCAGAAUAGCGGAAUCGAGAAUACGGAAUCGUACUCCUCCAGCUCAGACUAAUCCCGGCUGUCGUUGGUGCCAGGAGGAGGGAGGACAACAACGAACUGCCGCAGAAUAACAGCCACGACAGGGAACACGAAGCGGCUCUGUCAGCAAACUGACUGAGAGAAGCGGACGGCUUGCACAUGCGCGUGCACGUUCGCUCCCCCAGCAUGUGAGCGCAGCGCCCGAUGAGUGCUGAGCUGGCGUCCAAACAAGAGGAGAAAGGAGGAGGAGGACCAGUGAGGAGGUGGGAGGAGGACGGGGAGGAGUCCUACGACUACCAUAGAAGCUACGCCAUAUCGUCCACCAGUGCUGCCGGGACCACCAAUGUCAAUGUCCAAACUCGCUCGGUGCGCAGGGAACUCGCGCACCCCAAAGACAGACCGGGGCAUCGCCAACGCCGGCCGUGUCUCAGCUCUAGGAAGAAAAUUCGAGAAGCGGAGGAAGCUAUGUAUGAAUGCCCUGGGCGCUGCUUGCAACGAUGGGCGCGCACGACAAGAUGCUGUGGCAAUUCUCUGACAGUCAUGCGGUCGAACCCCAACAUUAGCAUCCCAUGAGCCUAGCGAGAGCCGCGUCGCAAGGCAGACGACUGCACUUGAAACCAGCAUCGAGGCUUGGAGGCGAUCAAGGGGUCUGAGCUGGAUGGGCCCAGAGACAUUCUGUCAAGGCGGUGGGGCAUCCGCUCAAAACCGGUACCCGGCCCCCUCCCGAUGUCCAUCUGGUGCAAGCGCUCAC